AUGUCUUUGGAAGAUGGACGCAGCAGUGGGAGCUUUGAGGCCGAGAGCUCCAUCUCAGACCAGAGCCCAGACCAGAACCGGAAACGCAGCCCGGUACCGGACCAGAAGCAGAGCCCGAGACCGUGUCAUGAUGAUCAGAAGCGGAGCCCGAGACCAAGUCUGGACCAGAACUGUGCUAAGAAAGAGGAUGAGAUCGUCUUGCAUCGCAUCGCCUCCAUGUCGUCUCUGGACUCGUUUGACCCCAGCGACUUCACCGGGAGGUUUACGAAGUUCCAGCGACAAAAACGGAGGUCCAGAAUCAUUGGAGCCUCGCCAGUGAAGCCGCCCGUCCCGCCCGUCAGUGGAACAGUGGAGAGAAAGGGUCCUGUCGUCAUGGCGCCGGUCAACGUGGACCCGGAGAGUAAACCGGGCGAGUUCGUCCUCAAGAGUCUGUUCGCCAACUUCACUCUGCUGUCGGAGCGCAAGAUCCGCAUCAUCAUGGCCGAACCACUGGAGAAGCCUCUGAACAAGUCUCUUCAGAGAGGAGAGGACCCUCAAUUUGAUCAGCUGAUGAGCAGCAUGAGCUCUCUGGCGGAGUACUGCCUUCCCUCCAUCCUCCGGACCCUGUUUGACUGGUACAAGAGGCAGAACGGCCUGGAGGACGAGUCGCACGAGUACAGACCCAGAGCCAACACCAAGUCCAAGAACGAUGAGCAACAAAAGGAUUAUCUACUGGAGCGGAGAGACAUGGCGAUUGACUUCAUCUUCUCUCUGGUUCUAAUAGAAGUUUUAAAACAGAUCCCCCUCCACCCUCUGUUAGACGGACUCAUUCAAGAAGUCAUUAACCUGGCCUUCAAACACUUCAAAUACAAAGAAGGGUAUUUGGGACCCAACACUGGCAACAUGCACAUCGUGGCCGACCUGUACGCGGAGGUGGUGGGAGUGGUUGCCCAGUCCAGGUUCCCAGCCGUGAGAAAGAAGUUUAUUUCGGAGCUUAAGGAGCUGAAGCAAAAGGAGCAGAGUUCCUACGUGAUACAGUCCACCAUCAGCCUGAUCAUGGGGCUCAAGUUUUUCAGAAUUAAAAUGUACCCAGUGGAGGAUUUUGAGGCUUCCUUUCAGUUCAUGCAGGAAUGUGCGCAGUAUUUCUUGGACGUGAAGGACAAAGACAUCAAACACUCGUUAUCGGGACUCUUCGUGGAGAUUCUUGUCCCUGUCGCUGCUACUGUGAAGAACGAGGUGAACGUGCCGUGUCUGAGGAACUUUGUGGAGAGUCUGUACGACAUCACACUGGACCUGUCCUCCCGAAAGAAACACUCUCUGGCGCUGUACCCCCUGGUCACAUGUUUGCUGUGCGUCAGUCAGAAGAACUUCUUCCUCUGCCGCUGGCACAUUUUCCUCAACAACUGCCUUUCAAACCUUAAAAACAAAGACCCAAAGAUGGCGCGUGUGGCUCUUGAAUCUCUCUACCGCCUGCUCUGGGUUUACAUGAUUCGGAUUAAGUGCGAGAGCAACACUGCAACACAAAGUCGCCUGACGUCCAUUACCUCCACACUGUUUCCAAAAGGCAACCGCAGCGUUGUUCCCCGUGACAUGCCUCUGAAUAUAUUUGUUAAAAUCAUCCAGUUCAUUGCACAGGAGAGGCUGGAUUUUGCCAUGAAGGAGAUCAUUUUUGACCUGCUGAGUGUUGGGAAACCGGCCAAAGCCUUCAGUCUGAACCCCGAGCGCAUGAACAUCGGUCUAAGGGCCUUCCUGGUCAUCGCGGACGCCCUUCAGCAGAAAGACGGCGAGCCACCCAUGCCCAACACAGGGGCCACCCUGCCGUCCGGAAACUCCCUGAAGAAGAAGAAGACUUAUCUCAGUAAAACGCUGACGGAGGAGGAGGCCAAACUCAUCGGCAUGUCCCUCUACUACUCACAAGUCCGAAAGGCCCUGGACAACAUCCUCAGACACCUGGACAAGGAGGUGGGACGCUGCAUGAUGAUGACCUGUGCUCAGAUGCUCAACAAGGAACCAGAGGACAUGAUCACCGGUGAGAGGAAGCCUAAAAUCGACCUGUUCAGGACAUGUGUGGCAGCUAUUCCUCGCAUUCUCCCUGAUGGGAUGUCCAAACCUGAGCUCAUCGACCUCCUCUCCAGGCUCACGGUGCACAUGGACGAUGAGCUUCGUCUGAUUUCCCAGAAUUCCUUGCAGAGUUUGUUACUUGACUUUUCGGACUGGCGGGAGGACGUCCUGUUUGGUUACACGCACUUCCUUCUGCGAGAGGUGCAAGACACUCACCAGGGUUUGCAGGACGCCUCGGUGAAGCUGCUCCUUCAGCUCCUCACUCAGUGGAGACUGGCGCUGCAGCUCCAGGGGAAGACGAGAGGCGGGGUGGAGGCCAGUCCGCGGUCGUCCGACAGAUACCCUCACUGUUCGGUGCUUCACGCUGUGGAAGGCCUGGCUCUGCUGCUGCUCUGCUCUUGUCAGAUCAGCACGAGGAAACUGGCUGUCGGGGUUCUGAGGGAGAUCCGCUGCCUCUUCACUGCCCUGGGACACGCAGAGGACGAUGACAAACCGAUGAUUGAGAUCAUGGACCAGCUCAGCCCCACGGUCAUGGACAGCAUCGUGCAUGUGGCUGUGUCCGACUCCUCCACUCUCCCUCUCAGUCACCACGUGGACCUACAGUGGCUGGUGGAGUGGGGCGCCCGUCUGGUCAGCAGCUCCUACGACGUGAAGAGUCCCAGUCACGUAUGGAUCUUCGCCCAGUGCGUAAAGGACCCCUGGGUGCUCUGUCUGCACAUAUUCUUGAGACAGGAGCAUCUUCCCAAACACUGCCCCGUCGCCCUGGGAUACGCCUGGCCCUACGCCUUCACGAGACUGCAACUGCUGCUGCCGCUGGUGGACCCCAACAGCCCGGUGAACGCCAAAAAGACCAGCACGGCCGGCUCCAGUGACAAUUACAUCUCCCUGUGGCGGAACUACCUGAUCAUGUGUCUGGGCGUGGCCAAACCCAGCAUCAUGUCUCCGGGCCACCUCCGCGCCUCCACCCCCGAGAUCACCGCCACCACACCGGACGGCAGCGUAACCUAUGACAACAAGGUGAUCGGAACUCCGUCUGUGGCCUGGCUCCUGAAGCAGCUCGUUCCUCUGAUGAGAGCAGAGAGUUUGGAAAUCACUGAGUCUUUGGUUCUGGGAUUCGGCUGCACCAACGCCCUAGUGUUCAGGGAGUUGGUUGAAGAGCUGCAUCCGCUAAUGAAGGAGGCACUGGAGCGAAGACCCGAGAAUAAAAAACGCAGAGAGAGGAGAGAUCUUCUGAGGCUGCAGCUGCUGAGAAUCUUUGAACUUCUGGCAAACGCUGCAGUUAUUAGUGACAGCACCAAUGGGGCAUUGGAGCGCGACUCUCUGGCUCUGGGCGCUCUGUUCCUGGAGUACGUUGACCUGACCCGGAUGCUGCUUGAGGCGGAGAACGAGAAGGAGCAGGAGGUCCUCAAAGACAUCAGGGCCCACUUCAGCGGCAUGGUGGCCAACCUCAUCCAGUGUGUCCCCGUGCACCACAGACGCUUCCUGUUCCCUCAACAGUCUCUGCGACAUCACCUCUUCAUCCUCUUCAGUCAGUGGGCCGGACCCUUCAGUGUCAUGUUUACUCCUUUAGACCGAUACAGCGACCGAAACCACCAAAUCACACGCUACCAGUACUGUGCCCUCAAGGCCAUGUCAGCGGUGUUGUGUUGUGGACCAGUGUUUGACAAUGUGGGUCUUUCCACUGAUGGAUAUCUGUACAAAUGGCUCGACAACAUCUUGGCCUGUCACGAUCUGCGGGUGCAUCGUCUCGGGUGUGAGGUGGUGAUCCUUCUGCUGGAGCUGAACCCAGACCAGAGUAACCUGUUUAACUGGGCUGUGGACCGCUGCUUCACCGGGUCCUACCAGCUGGCCUCGGGCUGCUUCAAGGCCAUCGCCACGGUCUGCGGAAACAGGAAUUACCCAUGUGACCUGGUGACGCUGCUCAACCUGGUCCUGUUCAAAGCCUCAGACACCAGCAGAGAAAUAUAUGAGAUUUCAAUGCAGCUCAUGCAGGUGCUGGAGUCAAAGUUGUGCGCGUACUCGAAACGGAUGGUGGAGCAGAAACCUGGGAACAUUCUGUACGGCACCCACGGCCCUCUGCCUCCUCUGUACAGCGUCAACCUAUCCCAGCUCUCCAUCCAACUGGCCAGCAUGUACCCAGAGCUCACCCUGCCGCUGUUCUCAGAGGUGAGCCAGCGGUUUUCCACCACGCAUCCCAACGGCCGUCAGAUCAUGCUCUCCUACCUGCUGCCUUGGCUCCACAACAUCGAGCUGCUGGACACUGGCCUCUUGCCCCCACCCUCCAGCCCCUGCACCCCAGAUGAGGAGAACCGGGGGCAGAACGUGGGCGCCUCCCCCAGUCUGAGAGGCAGCGGCUGGGGCUCACUGCAGGCCACGUCUCUGGUGCUCAACAACCUGAUGUUCAUGACAGCAAAGUACGGAGAUGAGGUCCCUGGUCCUGAGAUUGAGAAUGCCUGGAACGCUCUGGUCUCCAAUGAAAGAUGGUGCAACAACUUGAGAAUAACGCUGCAGUUUCUCGUCAGUCUGUGUGGAGUCAGCAGCGACACCACACUGCUGCCUUAUAUCAAGAAGGUGGUUAUUUACCUUUGCCGUAACAACACCAUCCAGACAAUGGAGGAGUUAAUAUUUGAACUUCAACAAACGGAGCCGGUGAACCCAGUGGUGCUGCACUGUGACAACCCGCCAUUUUACCGUUUCGCUGCCAGUAACAAAGCUCCCACAUCGCAGACCGGAACCACGUCGAGCAGUAACACUGUGGUGGCUGGUCCUGAAAAUCUCCCGGACACAGAUGACACCAAACUGGGCCGAGACAGUGACGACCGCAGAGCGAGGGCACACAACAGACUGGAGUCACGCUACAGCAACAGCUCCGGCGGCUCCUACGAAGAUGAAAAGACGGAUCCUCUCCCGCCGUAUGCUGGUUGGCUGUUGAGUGUUCUGGAAACAAACCGCCCUCAGCCUCUGCCGAUGCCGGUGAACGGAGGCUGCUGGGCUCCUCUGGUCGACUACCUCCCAGAAACCAUCACUCCCAGAGGGCCCCUGCACAGAUGUAACAUUGCGGUGAUCUUCAUGACGGAGAUGGUGGUGGACCACAGUGUGAGAGAAGACUGGGCCUUACACCUGCCUCUCUUACUGCACGCUUUGUUUUUGGCGGCGCUCUCUCAACCAUGGUGUUGCGGGGGGCCACCUGGUCUGAGACGCUGGGGUGGAUGCGACCAAGAGAUAAGCGACAAUAAGACUCUGACCAUCAAGUCCAGCUAUCAUUCGGAAUACCAGCAAUCACACACCCCAGACUUCUUGAGGGAGUGGCAGGCGUCUCCGGUGGCGGACUCCGGCCUGAGCUCCACGUCUAACUCCUCCGUGGCGAGUCUGGGCGGGGGCAGCACCGCGGGGAGCGUGGGGAACCUGCCCAUAGUGACGCCAGACGACCUGGAGGACCUGGAGGACGCUCCCAACGAGAAUGACGAGAAGACACACAAGCUGAUCGAGUUUUUGUCCACGAGAGCCUUUGGACCUCUGUGGGCGCACGAGGACAUCACCCCCAAAAACCCAAACUGUAAAAGCUCCGAGCAGCUUUCCAACUUCCUCCGUCACGUCGUGUCUGUCUUCAAAGAGUCUAAAUCAGAUUUCCACUUGGAGCAGCAGCUGAGUGACGUGGCCUUGCAGACCGCCUUGUGCAGCUCCUCUCGACACUACGCCGGUCGCUCCUUCCAAAUAUUCCGAGCUUUGAAGCAACCGAUCAACAACCACGCCGUGUCCGACCUGGUGUCCCGGCUGGUGGAGGUGGUGGGGGAGCACGGGGACGAGGUGCAGGGCUAUGUGAUGGAAGUGCUGCUGACGCUGGAGGCAGUGGUGGUGAAUCUGGCCGAGUGUCUGAAGAACAGUGACCUCAUGGCAGCACUAACCAGGACGUCUUCCCCUGACUUCUUACUGAGUGAUAAGCUGAUGAAUAGAAAGAGCACGGGACAGCUGAACUUCCCAGGACCGGGAUUCGCAGGUUUGGCGUCGCAGCGGCACCAGCGCUCCUACUCUGUCCCUAAGAAGUUUGGGGAGUACGGAAACCUCUCCAGUGACCCCCCUCGCAGUGCCACUUUAGACCGGAUACAGGCAAGAGCAUGCAACAAUGGCCUUUCCCGAGCAGGGAGACCCCCCGGCUCCUGUUCGUCCUCGACCAAUCGGAUCGACCCGAGUGCUUUGUCAGACCCCGCCCACGUGUCGCACCCCUCGUCCAUACUGGCCACAGUCUUCUGGGUCGCGGUGUCUCUCAUGGAGUCGGACUUUGAGUUUGAAUAUCAGAUGUCGCUACGGCUCGUUCACAAACUGCUGUCAAAGGUGCCCUUAGAUCGAAUAGAGAACCGGGAGCGGCUGGAGAAGCUGCAGGCUCAGCUCGGGUGGAGUGGCUUCCCUGGGAUCCAGCAGCUUUUACUCAAGGGCUUCACGUCUCAGGUGACCUCUGACCUGACGCUGCAGCUCUUCUGCCAGAUCACCCCCGUGUCCCGAGUGGCAGUGGUCGACAGCUCCACGUCCAUAGGUUUUCCUCUGAAUGUGUUGUGUCUUCUUCCACACCUGGUCCAGCACUUUUCACAUCCAACUCAGUUUUGUAAAGAGAGUGCGGAAAGAAUUGCACAGGUGUGUUUAGGUGAAAAGCAGACUAAAUUGUCGCAUUUAGCUCACGUCAUGACCUUGUACAAAACUCGCUCUUACACACGAGAUCCUUUCUCGUGGGUCAGUGUGGUUUGUCGUUACCUCCACGAAGCCUUUUCGGACAUAACUCUGAGCAUGGUCACGUAUAUGGCUGAGCUGCUGGACAAAGGCCUUCCCAGCAUGCAGCAGUCUCUCUUACAGAUCAUUUACUGCCUCCUGAGUCACAUGGACCUGACAGCGAUACAAGUCAAACAGUUUAACGCAGACGUAAUGAAGACUAUUGAGAAGUUUGUUCAGACGGUACAUUGGAAAGACGCCUUGAACAUCUUGAAGCUGGUGGUGUCUCGCUCGGCCAGUCUGGUCCAUCCCGUUUACAGGCACUCGGACGGAGACCUCUCAAACCUGGAAGUGAGCCGCGUGUGGGACGGCUCGGCUAAAGCGCUCCCCGGGAAAACACUGGACUUUACCUUCGACAUUUCAGAGACUCCUGUGAUCGGUCGGCGCUUCGAUGAGCUGCAGGGUUCCGGAGGCCGAGGGGGCAAAGCCAGAGCUAUGGCCGUGACGCGCAGCACCUCCUCCACAUCGUCCGGAUCCAACUCCAACACCAUCCUGGUCCCUGUGAGCUGGAGACGCCCCCAGUCCUCACAGAAACGAACACGGGAGAAACUAGUGAACGUCUUGUCUCUCUGCGGACAGGAAGUGGGGCUGACCAAGAACCCGUCUGUGAUCUUCUCGUCCUGCGGAGACCUGGACAUGAUGGAGAUGAGGGAGAGCGGCGUGUCCUCAGAGGAGGGAGGGACGCGGGAGGACACUCUGGACGACACGGCCAGCGAGCAGCAGUUCCGGGUCUUCAGGGACUUCGACUUCCUGGACGUGGAGCUGGAAGACGGCGAGGGCGAGAGUUUGGAUAACUUCAACUGGGGCGUGCGGCGGCGGUCUCUGGACAGCACCGAGCUCGGGGACCUGCUAGAGGAGAGCCAGCACUCAGGGAGCACCCCGAGUCUGGGCCACGAGGACCCCCACGACACCGACGAGUCCUCCGAGGAAGAGGAGUCGUCCACCAGCCAGAGCCUCUCCCACUCGCAAAUCACGAAUCCAUCUCCAUCUGAAGAGACCAACCAGACAGACUCUCUGUCCACGUCCUACGACACGUCCGCUGACCCUCCGUCUUUCACCGCCACGACACCAGGACAAGGAGGAUUGCACGACCUCCACAGUCUCCAUGGCCGGGGCUGUGAGGACGAGGACACGCAGGCUCAGGAUGACGAGCUCUCCCUCAGUGCUCAUGACGUUCCUCAAGGCUCAGACUGUGGAGAGAGCUUCACGCUGGAAAUGCCGGGUCAGGCCCCAGACCCGCUCCCUCGACUGGGACAGCGGUUCAACAGGGACUACUGCCAACCGCCGCUGGACUUUCUAGACCCCAACUGUCUCCCCAGUCUCCGUGACGACGUGGACGACCUGGAGGACCUGGGCUUCCCUCCUCCGCCCUCGCCGUUCUUCUCGGCCAUCCUGGCGGCGUUCCAGCCCACGGUCUGCGAUGACGCGGAGGAGGCCUGGCGCUGCCACAUCAACCAGCUGGUCACCGACUCGGACGGAUCCUGCGCCGUCUACACCUUUCAAGUCUUCUCUUCUCUGUUCAAGAACAUUCAGGGGAAGUUCUGCACCUUGACGACAGACGUGGCAACGUAUCUGGGAGAAGGUCUCAGAGGAAUCGGCUCAAAGUUCCUCCGAUCGUCACAGAUGUUGACCACCUGCUCCGACUGCCCCACCAUCUACAUCGACGCCGACACCAUCAUGUCGUACGGUCUCCUGGAGAAGAUAAAGUUCAGUGCCCUGGAGCUGCAGGAAUAUCUGGACACGUACAACUCUAAAGAAGACUGCGCCGUUUCGUGGUUGAGAAACUGCAGAGACACAUUUCCCAGGUGCCCCGGCGACAGCGUGGUCACAUGUCAGCCUGGAGACUCUGAAGAGAAGCAACUGGAGCUUUGUCAAAGACUUUACAAGCUGCAUUUCCAGUUACUGCUGCUGUUUCAGUCCUACUGCUCGCUCAUCGGUCAAGUCCACGCCAUCAGCACCGUGCCCGAGCUGUUGAACAUGUCCCGGGAGCUGACGGAGCUGAGGGGAAGCCUGCAGGCGGCGGAGGCGGCUGUGGCCAGCGACCUGGAGCACAAACUGCAGGCUCACGGCACCGCGGCAGCAGCAACGGUCGUGCCCAACUUCCCCACGUCAGAGGCCGCGGUGCAGGCCAUCCUUGAGUGCCUUAAGAACCACGAGUUUACCAAAGCCGUCCGCUACAUUCAGGAGUGCAGGAGGCAGUGGCCGAACGGUGUGUUCGGGGGAAGCUCCGAGAGCGAGGUGCAGACGCUCCUGAACGUCUACUUCCGGCACCAGACCCUGGGCCAGACCGGGACCAUCGCUCUGGUGGGCUCUCGUCAGGACCUCAGCCUCAUCUGCUCCAAGCUGCUGGAGCUGAACGGGGAGAUCCGCGACAUGAUCCGCCGCGCCCAGGGCCAUUUCACCGCAUCACAGGACGCUGCCGCCUCCUUCCUCCCUCUCAGAGCCGCCUUUUGCUCCGCUCGCUCUUACAGGAGGGUCCCCACAUCCGAACACGUGGCCUCUCCCUCCCCCCACCGGCCUCCUCUCCCGUCUCCAGAACCACACAGCGUCACGACCGCCUCCAAACGAUCGCUUCUAACCUCGCACCUGUCCUUCUCCUCCUCCUCGUCCUGGUCUGACGCUCCCACUCUCAACUUCCCCCCGAAUCUGUUCGCAAACCCGGCCGUGCGAGACGAGAUUUACUUCACGUUGCCGCGAGAAAUGGGCAAAAACCGUCCGGGAAAGCGGCAGGAGCGGAGAGGGCAGUCCCCGCUCGGCUCUGGAUUCAAACCUCCGUUGCCGUCUUUACCCACGGUCGCUUCAGAGCCGACCCUCAUCGCGAGCUCAGGUGGCCACUCUCCGAUGCAGGGAUCUCAUCUGCCGCACUUUCCUCACUCCCCGUACGGUCUCGUCUCCGCUCCACACGAUGAGGUUUUGACUCGUCCUCCUCGACCGUCCUCCAUCCCGCCAUCACUGCCCCCUCCUCCCCCUGGUCCCAGCUCCUCCGCAGGCGACCUCAGCACCUCCGCCUGGGGCUGCUGCUGCUCGUCUCUCGGUGACGCGCCCUCACCCAUGUCCCGUUACCUCGAGAAAGUCGGUAACACCGCUUUGCCUCUUCUGAAAGGUGGGCUCCUCAAAAUGAAACCAUCAGACGUACAGACAUAA